AUGUUUUCAGAAAGAUGUAGGACUAAUAAUGACUGCGACAGUGGAAGAUGUGAAUGGCGUCGCUGUGUUGGAAAAUUAGGCAAAGUGAUGUCCGGUAGAACGGAAAUUACAAAUUGUUACGUUGAUGAGGAUUGCGCCACAGGGCAGGUAUGUCAGAGUGGUUCAUGUCGGCAACGCCUCCCUUUGAUGCAGGAUAUAGUUAAUGUUGAACGUGGUUAG